AUGUCGUCUUAUCCCAAAAAUAAACUAAGUCCCGCAGUGAAAAAUAAAAUAGAUACUUUAACUGAACUGUUUCCGGACUGGACACCUGAAGAUUUGAUUGAUUUGGUUCAAGAAUACGAUGAUCUAGAAACUAUAAUUGACAAAAUUACUUCCGGUGCAGUAACUCGAUGGGAUGAAGUUAAAAAACCUUCUAAAAAGGAAAGAAAACAACAGCAAUACGAAAACACAUCAGAUACAUACACAUCACAACAUUCUCAUAACACAAGUAAUAAUAUUAGCACAAGUCAUAGCACUUCUUCAAAUAUAACGCAUUUGGAUGAAUAUGAUGGAAUAAAUACAAAUCAUAGUAACACCAGACGUUCUAAAUACAAUAAUAACAAUCUUGCAUCUACAUCACAACGAACUUCAAAGAGAUACUCACAUUUACCAAAUAAGCAACCACCUUUGAAACCGGUUCAUGUUCAGACUAAGGCAGUUUCCCACACUAAUUCAUGGGCUGAUGUUAUUUCCUCUGAUAUGAAAAAAGCGGCUGCUUCCCAAGUUAAAGUAGAAAAGGAGACUACCCCUCGUGCAGAAACAUCGGGGUCAGCCUCUGUACCAACUCCAUCCUUAUUAUCCGAAAAUAAAGCUACUACUGCUACUGGUAAUACAGCAUCUGCCUCUACUGUAACUUCUGCACCAAAGAAAAUGACAUGGGCUGCAGUAGCUACUCCAAAACAAAAGGUGCCAGCCAAGAAGCAAGAGCCUCUAGAAAAUGUCAAUGAGUUGAAGAAAGAGAUUGAAGCUGUUGAAAAUGAAGAUAAAUCCUCUGCUAAAGCUGAAUCUGAACAGGUUCAUUCCAAGAAAGAAACAGAAGUAGAAACAAAAGAAGAAGAACAUGAAGAAGAGAAAGAAGGUAACAAAACUCCUGCAUAUGAACAAGAGUCUUCAAAUGAGGAAGAAGAAUCCUCAUCUGAAGAAGAAUCUUUUGCUGAAGAAGAAUCCUCAUCCGAAGAAGAAAGCUCUGAGGAAGAAUCGUCCAGUGAAGAAAACUCUCCUGAAGAGGAAGAAGAAGAAGAAAAGCCAAUUGACAAAGUUAGGGAGGGAAAACCAGCUGCUCCAGCAGCCACUGCAGAAGUUAAAAAAGAUACUGAAAUUCCAGCUGUUCAACAAGAAACCGCUCCAGUUCAAACCCCUGUACCAGCCCAACCUGUCACUGCUUCUGCCACAACUUCUACCACCACCACGAGUGAUGUUGCUAAAUCUAUAGAAGGUACUCCUACUACUCAACAAGCUGCUGCUGCCGUCGCUGCUCAACAACAAGCCGCUGCUGCUGCUGCUGCUGUUGCUCAACAACAAGCCCAACAACAACAAUAUUACAUGUAUCAAAAUCAAUUCCCUGGUUACACUUACCCAGGUAUGUAUGAUUCCCAGUCUUAUGCCACUGCUUAUGGUCAACAACAAUACCCACAAUAUAAUCAAUAUCAGCAAUAUCAACAGUAUCAACAGUAUCAACCACAGGGUGUUAUGGGUGGUCAAGCUGCCUUAGCUGCUCAAUAUGGUAACUUCCAAGGUAUCUAUGACACUGCUGCUCUUGGUACUCAAUCUAAUUCUACUCCAGGCAUGACCAAUGCAGAUGUUUCCACUGGUAACAACAGAUCUUCUCCAGCUUCUGGUCAAGUACAAAUGAACAGACAACAGCAGCAGCAACAACAACAACAACCUUAUGGAGGUAACUUCUCUAUGCCAUACUAUGGACACUUCUAUCAACAGUCUUUCCCAUAUGGUCAACCACAAUAUGGUAUGAACGCUGCAGGUGCUCAAUACCCAUACGGCACCGCUGCUUCUACUUCAGCUGGUGCUGGUAUUCCAAAGGUCUCUGGUGCUUACAACAACUAUUAUCAAACCCAACAAGGCCAAAUGGAUGCUGAUCAAUCAAGACAACCAGUUUCUGCACCAGCUGCAGGUCAGCCAGAUGGUAGUAAUAGCCAAGAAUACGGUGAAGAACAUGGUUCUACUGAACAAAAUCAAAGUCAAAAAGCCGCACAAAUGCAACAAGCUAAUUUGACUCCACAGCAAUUGCAAUACCAACAAUACUACCAAUUACAACAAAUGCAAGCACAACAAGGUCAACAAGGUCAACAAGGUCAACAAGGUCAACACCCAUACGGUGGAUACUCCAGUUAUGAUUAUGCAUCCCAAACCUCAAGAGGUUAUUACUGA